AUGGCAGAUAAAUUUCCAGAAAUAGAAACAGAAGGAGAUUUAAAUAAUGAAUUUUCAUCAGACUUUUUAUCUCGUGAAAAAGAAGUAUUAGGAGAUGAAUUUACAACAGAUCAAGAUAAACAAGUAUAUGAAAAUUCAGAAGAUGAUGAAAUAAAUGAGUUUAAAGAACAAUUUCCACAAGUAGAAAAUAAUGAAGAACAACAACCACAAACCCAAAAUUCCGAUGAUGAAUUUGAAGGGUUUGAAUCUUCUAAAUCUAAUGAUGUCGAUUUAUCAUCAUCACAACCAAUUAAAGAAUGGAAACACAGAAGAGAUUUAGAAAUUCAACAACGUGAAAAAGUAAAUGAGAAGAAAAAAAAUGAUAUUCUUGAAAAAGCUCAAAGUACAAUUGAUGAUUUUUAUGAAAAUUAUAACUUAAAAAAAGAAAACCAUUCUAAAGAUUUAAAGAAAGAAAUUGAGGAAUUUAUUUCAAAAAGGGAUAAUUUUUUAAAAAAUGGUACGUUAUGGGAUAGGGUAAAUGAAUUAAUUGAUAAUGUUGGUGAAUUGCCUGAAACCGAUGAUACUAGAGAUAAAUCAAAAUUUAAAGAAUUGUUGAAGAAGUUGAAAGGGAAGGAUAAUGUACCUGGUGCUGCUGGAUAUGCGUAA